AUGCCGACAAACGAGACUACGGCUACUGAUAGGGAUCAGUCCCCCGAGUCCCAUCUCGCUCAGGCAUUCAAAGAUAUCGCAGAUGGUGAAAGAACAGCCUCAGCCCUUGAGCACCAUCUCGCCAGUCUGGAGGAGAAAAUAGAAAGUCUUCUGGCUGCCAUCGAACAGCCCGGAAAUUCAGAUGGCACUCGUGGCGCGUCGAGUACAAACUCCAAACCCGAAAAUCGGACAGAUACUGGAGAUAACAUGAACAACAAUAAAAAAUAA